UACUCUAUCACAGUCCAAAGUUGGUUCUUCAGAGCAGAGCGAAGGAGAGGAUAAAGAGAGAGAGAGAGAAGGCCGGAGAACUACACAAUAUUGUAUGUCCUCUGUUAGUAGCUUAACAGGCAUGGUAAAACAGAAUCAUGCCCCUUUACUGAUCACACAAGCUGAGGACGACUGAGGGGCUGCAAUUAUUUACUGCACAGCCACAUCUUUGUAGCGUCUCCAGAUCUUCGAGACGCUCGUGUUUUAUGGCACGGAAUCAGAUGACAAAUUUGAAGCGGGCUGCUGCAAUUUAUUGAUACUGCUGGACUGAAUUUUACAUUUUACUCCGUUCAUUUUUUAACCUGGAUAGAGAAUGAAGAUUCUUCAUGUCGCUGUGCUUUAUUACUUCUCAGUAGCAUGGGUGAAGACCUCUGCAGUGCUGGAGGUAAGAGGCCAUGCUGGAGCAGAGGUAUCCAUCCACUGCUCCGUUGGCUGGACCAGAGACAGCGUCUCCCAACUUGACAACAUGUACUUCUGCAGAGGAGUCUGCUCCGUGGAAAACCGUCUCAUUCAGUCGGAGGGCAAGAGGUCGGCGGUCACCUGGCGGGGGAGAUACAGCAUGGAGGUUAACAGCGGAUAUGGGGUCUUCAAUGUGACCAUAAAGGAGCUAAAGAGGGCGGACACCGGCCGAUACCGCUGCGGAGUGGAGAAUAGCUUUGAGGUGUUGUACCAGGAGGUCAAUCUAAUAGUACUAGAUGCUUCCACUGUUCCUCCUGGAUCUCCUGGAUCUCUGCCCAAUGGCAGCUUUCAAACCACAGCUGAGCCGUCCCCCGCAGCGCUAACGCUGCCCACCACAGAGAAGACAAACAAGCAAGCCACCAUCAACCUCACAGACACCUCAGUGGUCAUCAUUAUCUCGGUGAGCCUGGCCCUCCUGGUUUGUGCACUCAUCCCUCUUGUAUUCUACGGACACUGGAGGAGUAAUGCAGGUGACCAGCUUGUCAUAGUGGACAAUGUUACACUGUUCCCACACCAUACACUGCAGCGUCGGGUUUAUGCAGAAGUAGAAACGGGCUUUUUGAAAUAUUGA